GGUACACAUCAGCACCCAAGUCCAUAUCUGGUCGCAUUCUCACCAGCGUGUGGUGGGUUUUCGCUGUGUUGACAGUCGGAGCAUACAUAGCUGGCCUCUGUGUCACGCUCUUUAAAUAUUUGGAGAACUCAUCUGGCAGGGUUGAGAGGAGAAUAUUUGCCCGCCUACAGGCUGAUCCGUCAGAACUUGUGAUGAAGAGCACAGGGGAGGCUCUGGAGAAGAUGACUAAAAGUGACGGCAAGUUUGCCUUGUUGAUGGACGGCCCCGCAGCAGAAUAUCUAGCGACCCAAGAGCCAUGUGACAAAAUGGUGAUAGGUGAAGUGCUCGGUCAUCACGGGUAUGUCUUCGCUUGUAGGAAUGAUUCUGGCCUCUGCAACAGAAUGGAUACUCAGAUCUUACGGAUGCAAGAAGAUGACAGGAUACAGAGUAUCAAGAACAAGUACUUCCAUGAGGGUUGUAAGCUAGAUAAACCUGAAGCGUAUGUGUACGAAGGUUUGCCCUUUUUCGAUACGUUUGGAGGAGAACCAGAUGCCAUUAUGCCCCGAACCAUAACCAUCAAGCGAUUCUCUGCUGCCUUCAUCCUGCUUGUUAUUGGUUUUCUUCUCUCGGGGCUUUUCCUGGGAGCGGAGAUUCUGUAUGCCAAGAGAAAGGGGACUGCGAUGCCUAGGAAGCUGGAGCGCGUCGGCAGAGAUGAUGACAGUGAAAGAAUUGACCGUGACUUUCAUGAUGAACAGGCAUGAGAAAUAAGAGGUAGCAUUUCCCCACCUAUUGCCAUACUCUGCUCACCUACAAAAGGAUCUGGUAUGCAACUUUUCCUACCAACAGAUAAUAUGCAGUUUUGUACGACCAGUUCACAGAAACUGUUAAAUCUUCAGAUUGGAAACAGAAGGCUUUGAUCCGAUGCAUUAAAAAAAUAUCAAAAACUUUUUGUAUUCGACUUGGCGCGAAGCUGUACCAUUUAUAGCAAAGCAUCUAAAAAGUGGCAAUAUUAUUUGUUUCCAAAAAAUUGGAACUGAUAAAUUUUGAAGCGAUGUUUGAGUAAAAAAGAAAAUUAAGAUUUAGCGAGUCUUAAAACUCACCAGCUUGUAUAAUGUGAUAAAGCGAAGUAUUUCGAGAGGAAAAAAUAUGCCAAUCAUAAUUAUUUUGAUACAUGUGUACAUUUAUUUUUUGCUCGUAUUUCCAAUAUACCUGCCAUUGCCAUGGCAACCACCAUGUCAUAGGCUACCCAUUUAUAAUUUAUGUUUUUAUACUUUCCAUAAUAUAUGAAUAACUGUAGUAAUCUUUUUUCCAAUUUUACUUGAAAAAAAGGAGGGGGGGAUAUUUUAGUCUCGAGGCUCCUUGAUUUGUAAGGUAAAAAUAUAAUUUUGCAGUUUGUAACCCUUUGCUGUACAGUGUCUUUUUAUGUUUUUCUUUUCAUCUGAAUUUUAUGUUUGGACCCUAAAAUAUAUGUCGAUGAAAUUAAAACACAAAAGGUAGCCUACAUAUGGGCUAGACCGACUUGGUUCCAUCAUUUUCAUGAAAAACACCCUUUAUUUUGGGGUUUUAGUUUACUUCUGUUUCUCAAGACCAGAACUCUUCAUUACCAUUCCAUCAUCUCUAAGCUACUAGCUAAAAGCUUCUUACCUAAUUUUUAUUUUUUUACGAGUAGCCUAUAAUUUUGUCAGGAUUUUGUUACCUUAGAAAUCAGUGAGCUGUACAAUUUGUCACCGUUUCUUGAUGAAUGAAUACAUGUUUCAUUAACUAAAUGUCAACUAAAAUGUGUUCCUACAUUCACUUUGCAGUUUUUGUACAUCACCAGUGACAUGCUUUCAUUCCAAGAGAGAUUUUCUGAAAUGAUAUCAUUUCGUGAAAACUACAGUUUCUUACUCAAAAUCAGAACUCUGUAUCACAUAAUCAAAGCACACUUGGCUGUAAAUCUAAUGUUUUGACUUAUAGAUAUAUACAAUAAGAUAUAUUACUGACAGCCUGGGACCAUCAGAUUUUUGCGCUAUGUUCUGAAAAAAGAAAAGGAUGAAAAUGUCUUCUGUUUUUUGCCAAAGCUGUCCGCGCAGUUUGUCUUUAUGAACAGAAGCAGUUUAAUAAAGGAGUGUGUGACUGUGCUCUAGCUUCCCUCGGGUGCAGAAGUGGAAUCUAAAAAUUUUGCUAUCUCUCUAUUCUAUUUUCAACCUGCUGUAAAUAUAGACACUUAAUUACCUUUUAAAUUUGUUAUGUAGUGGGAUCAUCUUUUUUGUACUGAUACUUUCUAUCUUUCAUGGGGAAGUGAAUGGUUUUAUCCAAGACCGGAGUUGAAAUAAUAAUAGUUGUAAAGCGCAUGUUGCAUGCUGUUGAGCAUGGAUAUGUGCUAUAUAAAUGUAAUUCUAUUAUUACUGUUGUCAUGUCGUUAUUAUUAUUAUUAUUGUUAUUAUUAUAACAUCAUAUGUGAGGCAGCAUGGUGAAAUCACACUCUCGUCAUUUCUGAACGUGUAGCAAUUUUUUCGAAUUUUCUUUUCUUGGCUCAGCACCUUUCAUGUCCUUUUAAAAGUACAUUUAAUUUUUGUGUGGAUGUUACUGAAAAAUGUUCUUUAAAAGCACAAAAAUGUACAUUUACAAUUUCCAAGGACACUUAAGCUUUGGAAAUUACAACACAUUGGCAGUCAUUUUUUCGCUAUUUUUACCUCUUUUGCCAGACAACCACCAUCUCCUUCAAUCGCAAA